AAACUAGAUAAGAUUUUAAGUUAUAUUUUAACAAUUUUAAGAAUUAUUGCAACUAGAAGGGCUAAUAUUAUAUGGCUGAAAAUUGAUUUGAGAUAUAAGGAUGUUAGAAGAUUUCUCAAUACCAAUAAUGAUGAUGAUAAUUGGGGUGGUGAUGAUUCUGAAGAAAAUUUUGACUCUGAUGAAGAACACGUUGAUAUAUUAAAGGUCACAAGAUUUUAUAAUACAAUCUUUAGGAUUGAGGAUUGUCUUAAAUAUCAUUUGAAGAUGGAUGUAACGAAGAAUUGUUUUACAAGAUUGGAAUAUUUAAAUUAUGGUCGCAUAUUUUCAAAGUUAAAUGUUUUGAGAAUUUUAUCAAAUACUUGCAAAUCUUUAAAAACGAUUCAAAUUGAAGAACAUGAUUUACCUAAUAUUCAGAAACCAUUAACGUCUUUAAUCAAAAAUCAACAUCAACUCGAACAUAUUAGAAUUAUUGGAGAUGAUAAUUCAAGGGACGAUUAUUAUGAUGAAGGCGUAUUUGAAAUCAUGUCAUCAUUAGAAACGGUAGCUGGUACGCUUAAAAAAAUUGAAUUUUUAAAGAUAUGUGUGAGGAACGAGGAAGCAUUCAAAUUUUUAAUCAGAUGUGAAAAUUUAGAAUCUUUAUAUUUAGAAGAUUCAUACAUUACAUUAAAGAAUAUUGAAUGGAUUUCUUCAGCAGAUUUAUCAAAAUUGGGAUGUUUAAAGUUAAUUAACAAUCAAAGUAAUGAAGAAUUGUCUGUCAUGAAAAUUAACCCAUUCGAAAAAAUUUUUCAAAAUAAAAAAAUAUCUUCUAGUUUAAAUGAAAUUCUUUUACAAAAUCCGUUCAUGAAUAAUUUUAAUCUUUUGAGAUCUGUUGGGGAAAAUUGUAGAAAUCUUGCCUUCUUCUCUACAUAUGUUAUCACGGAACAGGAUAUAAAAAAUCUUUUCAUUAUCCUAGAAAAUUGUUCAAAACUAGAAUUGCUUAAUUUUUGUUACAUUUCAGAAACAUAUACUAUCAAAGAUGAUUUUAUCAUUAAUUUGGCAAAGAAAUUACCCGGGCGUCUCCUUUGUUUAGGACUUUAUGGUUUAAUUAGAUAUGUUUCUGAAUUUCGAUAUUUUUUAGAAAAUUGUGCGGUUAAUUUGAAAUUAUUGGUUGUUAGGAAUUCUAAUGGUUUUGACAAAUUUGCAGAAUAUGAGGAAUUUGUCAGAGGAUGGUCGGAAGAAAAAGGCAUCACGAUAAAAGAAUUUAGGAAUAUUAGUGAUAAGGAUCUAUUCUUGAUUAAAUGGGAAUGAAAUGCGAAUUAUCGUAUUUAUUUGAUGAUUCUUUUUUUUUUUUCUCGUGAUUAAUGAAGAACGAAAAUAAAUUUUUAUCGAGUAUCUUUAUAUCAUGAUAUAAGGUUUUAUAAAAAAAAUUUAUUGAAAAUUCUAGAAAUCAUUUUCAGGGACUUUUUGUUUAUUUAUCAUU